CAUUUUUUUGCUUAUGCACUCCUGAUUCUGAUUAAUUUGGAGCUCCUCUGGACAUGGUUGAGCUUUGCACUGGCCUGCUAAUGGCAUUGAUGUGAUCAGGUGUGUUGAAACAACGACACCUCUCAAGCCUGCAGGAUAGCGGCCCUCCAGGACUGGAGUUCUACCCCUAUAUUUACUGUACGGUCUCAGUGUUGAAACGGUGCAGACAUGCAACGAGACAAAACAAGUAACUCCGGUGCGGCUGAAAAGCCCGACCGGGAGGCCGCCAUAAUGUCGAAAUACUACGAUGGAGUUGAAUUUCCUUUUUGUGACGAAUUUUCAAAAUAUGAAAAAAUGGCCAAGAUAGGACAGGGGACAUUUGGGGAGGUUUUCAAAGCAAAACACAGACAGACGGGCAAGAAAGUCGCACUGAAGAAAGUUCUGAUGGAAAAUGAGAAAGAAGGGUUCCCAAUCACAGCUCUGAGAGAGAUCAAGAUCCUGCAGCUGCUCAAACAUGAGAAUGUGGUCAAUCUGAUUGAGAUCUGCCGGACCAAAGCCACUCAGUUCAACAGAUACAAGGGCAGCAUCUACCUGGUGUUUGACUUCUGUGAACACGACCUGGCCGGACUGCUGAGCAACGCCAACGUCAAGUUCACGCUGGCAGAGAUCAAGAAGGUCAUGCAGAUGCUCCUCAACGGGCUGUAUUACAUACACAGGAACAAGAUUCUUCACAGGGACAUGAAGGCGGCCAACGUCCUCAUCACCAGAGACGGCGUCCUGAAGCUGGCCGACUUCGGUUUGGCUCGAGCCUUCAGCCUGGCCAAAAACAGCCAGGGGAACCGCUACACCAACCGCGUGGUCACGCUGUGGUACAGACCUCCAGAGCUCCUGCUGGGCGAGCGAGACUACGGCCCCCCCAUAGAUCUCUGGGGAGCGGGCUGCAUUAUGGCCGAAAUGUGGACGCGGAGUCCGAUCAUGCAGGGCAACACGGAGCAGCACCAGCUCACCCUCAUCAGCCAGCUCUGUGGAUCCAUCACAGCCGAGGUCUGGCCGAGCGUGGACAAGAAGUACGAGCUGUACCAGAAGAUGGAGCUGCCCAAAGGCCAGAAGAGAAAAGUGAAAGACCGGCUGAAAGCCUACGUGAAGGACCCGUACGCGCUGGACCUCAUCGACAGGCUUCUGGUGCUGGACCCGGCCCAGCGCACGGACAGCGACGACGCCCUCAACCACGACUUCUUCUGGUCCGACCCCAUGCCGUCGGACCUGAAAAACAUGCUCUCCACCCACAACACCUCCAUGUUCGAGUACCUGGCGCCGCCCAGGCGGAGGGGACACAUGCCCCAGCAGCAGCCCAACCAGAACCGGAACCCCGCCACCACCAGUCAAACCGAGUUCGACCGAGUGUUCUAGUGCUGAAGGAAACAAACGCUCUCACUCGACUCAGCAGAGCUUCACUGGUCGG